AUGUUCAUGCGCGUUCUUGCCUUCCUCUUGGCUAUCGGUUCUGUGGCUGCAAUUCCUGUCGACAACGGUGUUGAAGGGGAGCCGGAAAUCGAGUGUGGUCCCACUUCGAUUACCGUAAACUUCAACACCAGAAACGCUUUCGAGGGCCAUGUAUACGUGAAAGGCUUGUUCGAUCAACCCGAGUGCAGAAAUGAUGAAGGAGGACGACAAGUGGCUGGAAUUGAGCUGAAUUUUGAUCGGUGUAACACCCAGAGGACAAGAUCCCUGAAUCCUCGAGGAGUGUUCGUCUCAACAACCGUAGUCAUCUCGUUCCACCCACAAUUCGUGACCAAAGUUGACAGAGCGUACAGAAUUCAGUGCUUCUACAUGGAAGCCGACAAGACCGUCAGCACGCAGAUCGAAGUAUCUGAGCUGACCACUGCAUUUCAAACACAAGUUGUACCCAUGCCAAUUUGUCGUUACGAGAUCCUUGACGGUGGACCAACCGGACCCCCAAUCCACUUCGCCACCAUUGGUCAACAAGUCUACCACAAAUGGACUUGCGAUUCCGAAACCGCCGACACUUUCUGCGCUGUGGUUCACUCUUGCACUGUCGACGAUGGUAAUGGCGAUACUGUACAGAUUCUCAAUGAGGAGGGUUGUGCUCUCGAUAAGUUCUUGCUGAACAAUCUUGAGUACCCUACUGAUCUGACAGCUGGUCAAGAAGCUCACGUCUACAAAUAUGCCGAUAGAUCCCAACUCUUCUAUCAGUGUCAGAUUAGUAUUACAAUCAAAGAGCCAAAUAGUGAAUGUCCACGACCACAAUGCCCUGAACCUCAAGGAUUUGGAGCCCAGAAGAUCGGAGCAGCAGGAGGAACACCAGGUGGAGGAGCUCCCCCACAUGGAACAGCAAAUGGUCCCAAAGUGGGUCCCAGAGCGGCAGAUGCAGAAGGGACCGCAGCUCCCGCAACAGCUCUGGCAGCAGCUCCCGCACCUGCUCAGCUGCGUUUGCUCAAGAGAGAAGCUGGAUUUGAAAAUACUUUGGAUGUUCGUGCUGAGCUCAACACUGUGGAUAUCCAAGAAAAGAACCCGGACCCUGAAGAAUUGAGAAUGGUCACUCCAAUGAUGAUGAUGUCUAGCGGAAUUUGUCUCUCGCCAUUCGGAUUCUCAGUCUUCGUUGCUGCUGCCGUAUCCCUCAUUGCCGCUUCUGUAGUCCUCGCCUCCUACACAUUCCGUUCAAAAGCCAAAAACUUCAAAGUUUGACAUUUGUACAGAUUAGGCUUUACUUAUUCCAUGUUAUGUUUAC